CAUGUUCCUUAAAAAUAGCGACGCUGUCGCGAUUCUCGGAAAUUCUCGGAUUCAUUCGGAGAAACCGACUCCCCUCUCACACGCGACUACGCGAUUGGUAAAAUUCCGUUUAAUUCUCAGUUAAAAACAAAAUGGCAGUGUAUUGAACGUGAAUGUUGUUUUCUUGCGAGUAAUUCGUCAAAAUGGCCAAUUUUAUUUUUACUGACAUAUCAAGUGCGGACGAGAGUAAAAUUAGUGUUCCGUUUACAACAAUAUACCGCGUGAAACAGGACAUUGUCAAGAAGAAACCCAUUUUACUGUGGACACGCCAAGGACGCGAUUGUUGUUCGACACAUUGGAAACGGCACGUCCUCCACAAAUCACGUUUCACAAGAGACUGCAUUAGACAUUGUUGUUAUUAACAAUCGAGAAACAAAUUGUGUAAAAUGUGGUCGCACACUUUGUUGCCCUCGGGCAACGCUUUUUUGCCCUUUAAAUCGCAUCAGAAGCGUGGUUUCAGCAUGAUACCACAAAUGAUACCGAUUAUUCCCGCGAAAGAAUUGAAGAAUUCCAAUUUCGUCAACAAUGUUGUCAAUUCUAUUGACACAUUAGCUAAGAAGUCAAAUUGUUCGCAAAUAAUCACUUCAAUUAAAGAGAAGUGCCCUGAAAUCAUUUCGUGUGGUGACCCCCAACAGACUGGUAGCCCUAGCAUAAAGAAAAUGAGGAAAGAAAAAUCAUGCAGGUUAAAAGAACCUCGUAAAAAUUCCAAACAAAACCAAACCAAGCAACAAUUACAGGAAAUGUUAGCACUAGAUUUUGACGGGGUGAAGUCAGAGGUUAAUUGUAGCCCCAAAAGGCGUACCUUCACCCUUAAGGACUUUAUUGUAAGUCAGCCACCUGGUAAAAGUACUAAAAUUGAGAUACCUUUUGUAAAUAAAGCUGAAAUGGUGCUGACCAUAACCAAAUCCCCUCCAUGCAGUCAAAGGCAGCUGUCAGAGUCUGAGAGCGAUGACAAUUUUAUUGUUGAGAAUGAAGAUUCACAAAAACCAAGGUGUUGGAGGCAAAGGCAAGUUUCUUUUUGCGAGAGUGAGGACAGUUUUAUCAUUUUUGAUAGAGAGGAUGCUGUAUCUGAAUCAAGCUGUGAUAUCGAUGAAGAAAGUAGUAGUGAAGAUGAUAGCAGUGGAGAUGAAUCGUCCUAUUCAAUUGUUGAACCCAAAAAGGUUAGGUUUGCAUCAGACGAUAAACUAUGUGACGUGCAUCCCAUGAUAAAAUGGUCCUACGCUUAUCAGGCAGCGCGAAAAGGUCCCUGGGAGCAACAUGCCAGGGACCGGUCUCGAUUUAACGACCGGGUUUUGAGAGUGGAGCAACAGAUCAAACAUGUCUUCAAUCCCAAACACAGAGAAAACAUAUACAAGGAAAGGUUUAAGGAACUCUUGUAA